CAUAUGUGUGGAGACUUUGCCGAACUGAAACUGUAUGUCCGUUCAAGCACGCUCACCUGUACCUCCACCCAGUUCCUUGUCUGUUCCGUCUCGAAAUGCAGGCACCCCAGUUUCUGCGUCGCAGACUCGGAAUCCAAUAACAAUCCGCCUGCGCAAAAUCUUAGGUACAAACUUUAUUGAUGAAGCAACAACAGAAGCGCUCCGGACGCUGUCAGAACUAUAUGGAACCCAAUCUACAUCAGUAUCAGGUUCCAAAGCACAGACUAACGGCACAGAUUCAGACGAUGAUUGGAGCGAUGAGGAUGCAGACGUCGGGCUAGUCGUCGAGGACCACAGGGAAGGCUUGAACGAGACCGCGUCGAGGGCACGCAAGAAUCUUCGUCGAGACCUGGAGAACAAACUCGCACAAGGAAGCCAGCAAUUUCUUCAAGCAUUCAGCGAAGUGGAUCAAAAACUUGAUGAGCUGCAGAAUCACGUCGCUGCCAUGCGUAUUGCCUGUGACGAAGCGGAGACGCAGCUGAGGCUAUCAAGCGAGGCAAGCCAGUCUCUGCUUGAUCGUGCGGAGAGCUUGAGGAGUGAAAGGGAGGAGGUUGAGAUGCGCAAAUCUAUUGUUAUGCUCUUCCUAAACCGCUUCACGCUAAAUGACGAAGAGGCCGAAGCUAUAACCUCGCGAGAUGUCCCCAUUGGCCCCCGAUUCUUUGAGGCAAUGAAUAAGACAGAGCAUAUCCGUAAUGACUGCAGAGUACUCAUGUCGGGCGAAGACGGACCAACGAAAGCUGGACUGGACAUCAUGGCGUCCACUUCUUCCUACCUGGAACAAGGCUACGAGAAGAUAUAUCGCUGGUGUUCUUUUGAAUUCCGUCAGAUGGGACGCGACACCCAGCUGGAAGUUGACUCGACUAUGCAGCAAGCCAUUUGCCGCCUCUCUCAGCGUCCAGAGUUACUCUCUGAAGCUCUUGCAUUCCUGACGCAGGCCCGCCAAACAGGUCUGCUGAGUGCAUUCCUGGAUGCAUUGACUCGGGGUGGCCCGUCAGGUCUUCCACGUCCCAUUGAAUUGCACGCACAUGAUCCUAUCAGAUACGUUGGUGAUAUGCUUGCGUGGGUCCACCAGGCUAUCGCCGCAGAAUGUGAAUUCCUGGAAAGCCUGUUUGGUCUUGGAGGAGGGCAGGAAGACGACGGCAGAACAAGGAGAAUGGUUGGUGCUGUACGGACAUUCAAAGGGAGUGAAGAAGAGGGAUGGGUGAAGGAACUGCUUAACUCUGCAGUAAUGAAGUUGUGCGUGCCGCUCAAGGUGCGCGUGCAGCAGACUGUGCGUUCGCAAGAAAGUAGCAUCGUCUCGUACAAAGUUGCGAAUCUACUUCAAUACUACAUGCUUACGAUGCGGCGGACUAUCGGGGAGGAUGCUCUUCUGUCGAUGACUCUGAGCGAAAUCACAGAUGUGAGCUACAAGGUCUUCUUCGACGCUAUCGAAGCCCAUGGUCGUGCACUCUUGAGAAUUUCCUUGGUCCCAGACGACCCAUCUUUGACCCCACCACUCCCAAUUCUAGAGCAUGCCCAGCUGCUCCGUGAAAUCAUGCAGGUUUAUGACUCCUCUCUUCUCGAUGACACCACUGCAGAGCCCGGACGGACUUUUAACCGCAUCUUAGAUGUGAUGCUCGAUCCUGCCAUGGAAAUGUGUGCUGCUGCGGCUGAGGAAAAGGCGAGGUAUCGCCCGCAGUGGGAUCGGGCGGUCUUCGUGCUUAACUGUUGGUGUUAUCUCCAGAAUGUGCUGGAGGCAUUCGAGUUCACUUCAGAGAAACGUCGCACCAUCCAAGAAAAAAUCGACGGAAGGGUGAAGUCUUUAGAGGACGAGCAUUAUGAAAACAUCCUCAGAGAUGCUUCGUUGUACGACACUGUCGCUAUCAUCAAGUCCAAGUCACCUUCUGAUCGGCUUUCCCAUGUGCUUCCUGCGCAGCAGCUGCAGCCUACCCUUGCGAGAUUCUCUCUAUGGCUCUCCAGCCCCGAAGUUGUGCAUUCACCGCGUCUAUCAGCACUAACAUCUCCGUCCCUGCAUUCUACCAUCCAUCGCGUAUCUCUAGCUCGUGUGACAAAGGCCUACGCACAACUUUGUGAGGAAGUGAGGAAACCGGAGAACAGAUAUGAAGCAGCGAGUACCUUGUUGGGCAUGGAGAGGCCGUUUGGACAGGCUGGAGUGCUGUGGGCCAUCUUCGGGUUAGAAGAGGAGAGCGAGGAAUUCGCGGCGGACUGAGCAGAGCAGCGCAUACUCCAAAGGUGACUGCAGCUUUUGUUAACGGCAUGCCUGUAUGGAGUUAGACACAUAAGAGCGUGAUCACAUUCAGAUGCGUCCUGCAGAUCUGCGAUGCAAGUACCCUUGUACCAUUUCAGAACAGUUUCAAGUGGGCAUUCUCCACUGAGCAGAUGCAAUAUAUCACUGCAAGAGGGC